AUGUGGAUACCUUUGUUGAUCUGGAUGCUGCACCUCAUGAUUCUUACAGAAGGCCAAGAUAACACAAGACGAAGCUCCUCUGUGAGCAGGGUCUGUCCUGCAGGUUGCGUGUCAUGCUCUGCCCUGAACGGCUGUCUGUCCUGCAAACCUCGCCUCUUCUUCCACUUGGAGCUGGAUGGGAUGCGGCAGAGGGGCUCCUGCCUGUCCUCCUGUCCCCAAGGUCACUAUGGCAGGCGCUUUCCACACAUCAGCACCUGCACAAGGUGCAAGGACGAGUGCGCUUCCUGUUUCAGUGAACAUUUCUGCACUCAUUGUCACCCGGGUCACUUCCUGUUCGGGGGGAAAUGUGGAGACAGCUGUCCAAUCGGGUUCACUGCGAACACGGUGCUCUGUGAAUGCACAGUCCACUGCGAGGUUGGAGGAUGGACAAAUUGGGGUCCAUGUAUUCGGAGAAGCAGCGCGCGGCCCUACAGGAGGGGACAGGAGACGCGUGACCGACAAGUUCUGAAGUCUCCGAGUGUCUCCGGUGACCCCUGCCCCCCCGUGUCACAGAUCAGGAAGUGUGUCAACAGAAAGAGACCAAAGAGUCCAAAGUUACAUUUAACACUGUUGGAGUAA